AUGUACAAAUACAUAGCUGUUGAAGAUACACAGUCUUAUCAUUCUAUAAUGCUCGAUAUACCUGCGGAUCAUCUAAAAGAUUCAAAAUACGAUAUAAAAAUGAGACGAAUAUUUAAAGUUUGCAAUCCACCAUCACAAAUUAUUAGAGGAAGUGAGGGACUUCCGGAAGGAAAUUAUUCUUUAGAAGGAGUCAUUAUAUUUCUAAGGCAUGGAGAUCGCGGUCCAAUGUCUCACGUGAGAAAUAUUUCAAAUAUUCGUUGCGAUCAAGAUUUAUUAGAGGAAAAUAGGCUUUCAUCCGAUCCGUUAUAUCCGACAUUUAAAACUUUUAUGAAAAAUCUUUCGGUACCGGGAGGUAGGCCGGCUAGUGCAGAAAAAUUUUUGGCAAGUUUUAACGAUUUUCAACUAACUCCUCCACUUUCGAAAAAAUGUCAGUUGGGACAACUUACACCUGUCGGACUGUCUCAAAUUCUUAAAAUAGGAAAUGUUUUAAAAGAAGCUUACGGUGAACGAUUAGGAAUAAAUAAUUCAACUUUGUCACGUGAUAAUGCAAAAUUAUAUACGACGCGAUAUAGGCGAACGGUUCAGAGCGCAAUUGCAUUCUUAACGUCAUUUUUAUCUCCAGAUAAUUUACUCAAAAUGAAUUUGAAAGAAAGUUAUAGCGUAUCGUUUUGUUUUGAUGACUGCGCUUGUCCCGCAGUCGAUAAAUAUAGUCAUAUCUUUGCAAAAGAACGUUCUGCACAUUUUCAUUCGCAUCCCGCCAUUAUAGAUUUAGUCAAAAAAUUAGCCCCUAUUGUGUACGAUAAUGAAAUUGACGGCACCCCCUUAUUUAAUGAUCCUCAUUCUUUAAGAGAUGCCUUUUUAACUUACGUUUGUCACGGAGCAGCAUUACCAUGUUUGGUAAAGUCUGAUAAUUCUAAAUAUUGUGUUCACAUGGAUCACGUCACUGGCCUCUUCGCCUAUGCCGAAUGGGAAGCCAAACAAUAUGCAAAGAGCUCAGCUUUGAAACGUUCUUGUCUUCUGAGAGCUUACGGAGUCUUAAAAAAUGUAGUUUCUCAUAUGUUAAACAUAAUAUCUGAAAAGAAAACAAAAUUAGUUCUCUAUUCGGGGCACGACAUGACAUUACAAUAUAUUACCACUGCAUUAGGUGUAUUAUCUGAAACCACGGCAACAGCUUAUUAUGCAUCCAGAUUAGUUUUGGAAGUGUAUAAGGGUAACGGUUUCAAUAAUGAAUCUCAUCCUUCGGCUUAUUUUUUUAGAUUAAUCAUAUACAUUUUUGUAAAAAUUUGGAGCGAAUUUCAGUUGAAUCAAUUCAUGCCAACUUAA